GAGGUAUUACUGGGUAUCACCGGCAAGGACUUCACCCUCAUCGCAGCCUCGAAAGCUGCUAUGCGAGGAGCCACUGUCUUGAAGGCACACGACGACAAGACGAGAGAGUUGAACAAGCAUACCCUGAUGGCAUUUUCGGGAGAAGCUGGAGAUACAAUCCAAUUCGCAGAAUACAUCCAAGCGAAUGCCGCCCUCUAUUCCAUGCGCAACGACAUCCAUCUCUCCCCAUCCGCAAUCGCCCACUUUGUCCGCGGCGAACUCGCGUCCUCUCUCCGCUCGCGCAAGCCUUACAACGUCAACCUCCUCCUAGGUGGCGUCGAUCCCAUUACCGGCAAGCCUUCGCUGUACUGGCUGGAUUACCUAGCGUCGCUCGCCCCACUACCAUACGCUGCCCAUGGAUAUGCGCAGUAUUACUGCUUGAGUAUUCUUGAUAAGCAUCAUCACCCGGAUAUUGAUUAUGAGCAAGGAAUGAAGAUUCUGAGGAUGUGCACGGAUGAGUUGAAGAGGAGAUUGCCGAUUGAUUUUAAGGGCAUGUUGGUUAAGGUUGUGACGAAGGAUGGAGUUAAGGAAGUAGAGUAUGCGGACGAUUCGAAGGUUGCUUGUCCGUAG